AUCAGUUACUGAAUAAAUUAUCAUAGAUAUAGCUGUAUAUAGACCUCUUAUCUUGUGUACUAUUUGAUAAGCAAUCAAUAACACGAUUGACCUAAAUAUGAGUCGUUAAUUAACAGACCGACACCACUUAACCAUGCGAAUUAAUGUUAUUCUGGCGCUCUGCGCGGGACUGCUGCCCGGAAGUGUGUCCUGCGCAUGUCAAGACAUUGACCCCGCCGCAUGUACUCUGUUGAUGGCGGCGAACCCUAACAUCUGUACGGACCCGAACAUCGGCCCUACGGCCUGCCCACGGUUCUGCAAACUAUGUCCAUUGGAGUGCUACCACUGCAACUCCACGGUCAUGGACUAUCACGAUUGUAACACAACCAUGCAGUGUCCUACAGGACAGAUCUGCAUGCGCAAAGAGCUGAGCUCAUACUUUGACGGCCAUCACGAGUAUGAGAUGACCUGCCAGAUGAAAGAAGUAUGUGAUGGUGCCGGUCUCUCGUUCGGGUUUGGACGGCGGGAUCUGUCGGUCUCCUGCUGUGACACAGACCUUUGUAACUACCCACAACCGCCGACGACGACAACAGCCAGAAUGCCGAUAACCACAACUCAUCAAAGUACAUUGUGUCACGUUGACCUCGUAUUCGUAGUAGAUGAAUCACGAGCCAUGUCACUAAGGGAAAAAGCCAUCGUUACUUUUCUGCACAACAUCGUCAUCCGACUUCCGGUGAGCGCCGACGGCGUCCAUGUCGCUGCCGGAACAUUCAGUAACACCGCCCAGAACCGGUUUGAUCUCACCGACCACACCACCAUGCAGUCGGCACUGGCGGCCGUCGACGCCAUUACUCUCAACGCUGGAAGCGGCCUAUCGGCGGACUUGAACGCCGGUCUUCAUUACGUCAUUGACCACGCGCUCACACCCGCCGGCGGCGACCGACCGAAUUCGGACAACGUCGUCGUGAUCAUUACGAACCAUGGUACUCGGAAUCAGCAGGAACUGACCGACCAAGAGACGAUGCUUCACGCUAUGAGCCAAAACGUGAUAGCCAUAGAGAUUGGCGCAGCGAGGUUCGAGAAUCUGAGCACUGACCGGCAGCACGAGUUCCGCCUCACUGACCCAAUUCAGCUUAACCAGAUCCUAAGUAGAGUGGUGAGCCUGAUCUGCGCACACGGCUUGUAGUCCUAGUGGUUCCGGUUGACCAACGCGCGAAUGUAUCUUUAAUACGAUUGAACGACGCAAUAAAAUAUGUGACACAU